AUGUCAAAAAAAUGUGGAAUUCGGAAAGUACCUAGAUAACCUAUUGUUUGUUACUCGUUGUUUGGAAAUUCAAAUUAAUAAAGAAAAAUGGAGGAAGAAAGUACACCGAACGUAAGCCUUGUAUCAUGCAUGCAUUUCGUAAGACGUGGUGUUGCAAAAUCGGUCCCAGAAAAGAUUGAACUUACUGAGGAUGAGUUGGCUAAAUUAAUCAAGCAAACAGCCGAAGAGCUUCAGAUUACAGAACGAGGCGAUGAUCAAAGUGACGAUGAAGAAGAGAAUGCUAAUGCCGCGAGACCUCCACCUGCUGACCCCAAUGAUGAAUUCAAUUUUGAGAAUUAUGACCAGGAAGACUCAAAUAACCCUAUUGGUAUAGCUACAAUUGCAACAAUACCGAAUUUGGGUGACCUAAGCGAAAAUGUACACAUACGAACGGAGGGACCAGACAGCGAUGAAGAAGAUGAUAUCAUCAAACCAGACGACAAUCUACUUCUGGUGGGGCACGUAGAAGCUGAUGCGAGUGUAUUAGAAGUUUAUAUUUACAACAAAGAAGAAGGAUCGUUUUAUGUGCACCAUGACAUAAUAUUGCCAUGGUUUCCACUUUGUAUUGAGUGGUUGAGCCACGACCCGUCCGAUCCACAACCUGGUAACCUUUGCGCUUUGGGUGGAAUGGACCCAGUGAUUCAAGUAUGGGACUUAGACAUCGAAAACUGCCUGGAGCCGGCCUUCAAGCUGGGUCAGAAGCCACACAAAAAGAAGAAAAUCAAAAGAGUGGGACACAAAGACGCCGUUCUAGACAUAUCGUGGAACAGGAAUUUCUCACACGUCUUGGCCAGUGGCUCUGCCGACAGCACAGUACUGCUAUGGGACCUGGAUCAGUGCACACCGCACACUAAGCUGGACUACUUCGAAGACAAGGUACAAUCGCUAACUUUCCACCCGCUGGAAGCCCAGACGCUGCUGUCGGGUGCGUGCGACGGUCGCGCUCGAGUCACCGACUGUCGCGCCGCGGACGCGCACAAAGCGUGGAGCCUGCCACCCGAGAUAGAACGCGUUGUGUGGGACACUAAAAACCCCUUCUGCUUUGCUAUGAGUAACAACGAAGGGAAAGUAGCGUAUGUGGACUGUAGACAAGAUGAACCACUUUGGAUUUUAAGCGCGCAUUCGAAAGAGGUUACAGGUCUUGUCUUGAGUGAAACUGUACCCGGACUAAUGAUAACUGUCGGCGCUGAUGAGAUGUUGAAAACUUGGGACAUAACGAGUUCAGAAGCAGUACAAGUAAGUGAGCGCUCGUGUAAGGUGGGCCAAGUACUAUGCGCCUCGCAGUGUCCCGACGCGCCCUUCUCCGUCGCAGUGGGAGGGGACAAUAAGGAACACUACAUCGAGAUGGUGGAUCUCUCCAUCAGUGAGCAAGUUAUGAACCGCUUCGGAUCCCGCCAGCAAACAGCCCCCGUCACAGGAAACAACGACGUCAUGGAGUCAUAGUAGUAAAAUGGAACUUGUUUUAUUAUUACUGUGUAUGUAAAAAUAUAUAUUUAAUAUUGUAAUGAA